AGGCGACUGUGAAAUGGCUUGGUUAUCUUACAAAUUUAUCGUUUUGGUGGUGAUUGCAGCUGUACAAUGUGCGCCAGAAGGUUACGUUUAUCCUAAGCCAAUUAUUCAGUUCGAACUACCAAAUCAGCAGAGUUUACCUACAUAUACAACGGAUGGAGUUAACCCUAAUAAUGGAUUUACAUUCCAGAAGACUGUUUCAUACUCAGUGUCGAACGAGGAUUACGGAUAUUUGAAACAAUAUAAACACGAAGCAAACAAGUUAUCUGAUAUUGAUUCGAAUAGUUAUAACGAAGCAAAUUUGAUAUCAAACCAUAAUUCACAGACCAAUAAGCCCCUAGAUGUGGCCGUGCCUGUAAAUGUGGAAUACGUACAAAAUAAUGAACUACCCUUGGUGAACAUUCAAAGUAAGCCUUUGUCCAAUUCGUACGGUGCUAACAUAUUCGCAUCCGACGUCCAACACAACGUUCAACCAUUGUACCAAUUACAAAACACAAUUUCAACAGACGCUGGCUCGAUAAAUGCUGCACCAUAUCAAAGUGAACAAAAUUACGUGCAAAUAAAUGGAAUUAGGUCUUUAGGAAAUUCUAUUGGUACUUCAGAAAAUGUUGUUACUAGUGUACCAACUACCCAAGAAGUUAAUAUCGGAAACUCAAUUGUACCAACAUUCGUGCAAAACAAUAUACAACCGAUCAAUGUGCCAUUAGAAUACUUUCAACCUAUUCAAACAAAUCUAAAUCACCGCCAGAAUGUACAAAUUAUUUCAAAUAACUUACCACAAACACAAAAUGAACCUGCUGUUUUUAGACAUAUAUAUUUUCAUGUGCCGCCACCAGAUCUUGAGAACGCCCCGAUAGUUCCGAUACCAUCACCUCCGAAGAAGUCAUAUAAAAUCUUAUUUAUUAAAGUACCCAGUCAAGAAUCGAGUAACAUUGCUGCCAUUCAGAGGAAUUUACUGAACAAGCUCGGUCCAGUUGAAGAAAAGACACUGAUUUAUGUACUAGUGAAGAAUCCUGAAGUUCCCCUGGUGAAAACAAUCCUUACUGGAGGAACAAAGCCUUCAGAACAUGAAGUAUUAUUUGUGAAAUACAGAGGAAAUCCAUCGCCGCGUUCUAGUGAUGAACCAGAGCAACUGAAUCUUAACACAGAUACAAACAUAAAUGUUCAAGCGGAAUCAACAAAUGGUUAUAAGUGAGUGAAUUAAAUACAUAGAUUUAAAUUUAAUCAUACAGCAAUUUGUUAAAUGUGCUGCAUUGCGAAAUAUGUAAGAUUGUCUUAUAUUUAUUCUUUAAGGCGUUAUUUUGUACAUAAUAUUACAUAAGUUAUAGAGGCUGUUACAUAUUAAUAGUUUAUAUUAAAUAAAAUACGCAAACAAGAA